ACACACUGAGCCUCAGAGCAGAGUCACGGUAAGCGGACACUACAGAACGCCGACAUGACUCCUGAUUCCGCCACAGGUGCACGGCCACGCUGGAAAGCUGGUGUUCGGCACACUAAAAGGAAAGCCGUGUGUUUGCAUGCAGGGCAGGUUUCACCUCUAUGAAGGAUACGCUAUUCAGAAGACCACCAUGCCCAUCCGGGUGUUCAAGCUGAUGGGUGUAGAGACCGUCAUUCUGACCAACGCUGCUGGAGGACUCAACCAGGACUUUAAAGUGGGCGACAUCAUGAUCAUUAAAGAUCAUAUCAAUAUUCCAGGAUUCGCCGGACACAACCCGCUAGUGGGAGCCAAUGACGACAGGUUCGGCGUGAGGUUUCCGUGUAUGUCGGAUGCGUAUGACCGGGAUCUGCAGCAGCUGGUGCGAGCCGUGGCAGAUGAGCUGGAUUUCUCAGUCUUCAUGCGGGAUGGGGUGUACAGUGUGCUGGGCGGCCCGUCCUUCGAGACCAUCGCUGAGUGCAGAGCUCUGCGCCAGCUCGGAGCCGACGCCGUGGGCAUGAGCACUGUUCAUGAGGUGAUCGUGGCGCGUCACUGUGACAUGCGUGUUCUGGCUCUGUCUCUGAUCACCAACAAGGCAGUGAUGGAUUACCAGAGCGAGAAGAAGGCCAAUCAUGAGGAGGUUCUGGAGACGGGAGCGCUGAGGGCCAAGCAGAUGGAGAAACUGGUGUCCACCGUCGUCUCUCGCAUCCCUAACACACCCACACACUGCUCAUAACACACACACACACUCACUUCAGGACCUGUCAGAUUGGCUUUAUGAAGUUUACAGUCCACAGACGGAGCAUGUAGAGACCCAGCUCCUGUUAAAAUGUCUUAAAAUAGAAGUUUUAAAGGGUUGGUUCAUGCAAAAAUGGUGAUAAUCCCAUGAUUUGCUCACCUUUAAAGGGCUAUAAAACCCCCCCGUCUCAGUUUAGUUUGAAAAAAAGAAAAGUCAGGAAAGUGGGUGUGUCCAGCUCGGUUUAGGUAGGAGUGUCAGGGGAGGGAAAGAGGGAAGGGUUUGCAUAAAAAUGGGAGUUUCCGUUUGGGCAAUUGCUGAUUUACACAGGAGCAAAACAAACACAGACGCAGGGAGAAAGACAGCGACUGUGUUUACAUGGACAUCAGUAAUCUAAUUAUUAAUUUGUGGACUUUAACUGCAGUUUGGCAUUUCAGGAGCAUUUCCUGCAUGCCCCCAUGACAAACCAGAUACUGGAUGCAGGAACUGCUGGAGAGUGUAGUUUCAAUGGAGUGUUUGAUACCGCACGGCGAAUAGGAGAAAAAACCCCUCUGAAUUCCUCAGUAACUUUGAUGCACUCAGUAGGUAGCGUCAGAAAGCUGCGUGUGUAUAGACCAGGGGUGUCAAACAUACGGCCCAAACAAAUGGGGUUUAUCCGGCCCGCAAGAUGAUUCUGUAAAGUAUAAAAACAAGAUGCAAUUUUUAAAUAAAAUACGCUGCUGUUCCAGUACUGUCCACCAGAUGGCGCAAUUGCAAACUGUUAAUUUCAUCCAAUCCAGAAGCCUGAAUCGGCGUCAGUGCGACAGCCAUGUCAGAGGGAAACACCUCAUCUAUACCCUGCUAUACCACGCUGAGCUGUUCUCACAAGGAAACGUAACUAUUUCACGUUUGGUCGGUUUAGUGAAUAAUUCAAGUUCAGCAGUAUGAAAAUGUACAAUAUAAAAAAAGUAGGCAUGGCUCCCAACCACACCCCCAUAGCCAACCUUCAUUGGUAGAUUCAUUCAGGCCACUUUGCCUAUUUGAAUGGAAAACUAAAUUAAUUUAUUACAUUUAAAAAAAACAAUAAAAAGAGCUUCACGUGGCUAAAUAAAGCUCUUCUUUAGUGGAUUUGUGUGUUAUCAAUUAAUAUUAAUAUUUAAAGCUUUAUUAAGCACUUACCACAACCACAACCCCUCAUUUGCAGGUGCAUUAUAUUUGUUUUUAAAAGCUCCAACAAAUGCAGAAGCACAGAGAAAGGAGAUAUUUCAAAACACACUCCAGUCCAGCUUGUGGCGCUAAUGCACCUCAAAAACUAACUGAUGCAUGGAGCUUGCAGGAACAAAACGGUUUAUAAAGUGUUAAAUAUGAAUAUUAUUAUUGCAAAAGUGCAUGGAUUUACUAAAGGAGAGCUUUAUUCAGCCACUGGAGCUGUGCUGGGUGGUUUAUAUUAUGAAGAGAUCUGCUUUAUGGCACUUGUUUUGGAGUGCUGAUUAAAGUAACCCACCUGCUGCCAUUGUAGAGCUGGAUAAUCCGAAUAUAUGUAUAAUUGUAAUGAUUUAACAUUGUAUUUGACUUAAAGAAGAUGACAGAUUCGUUGAGGGUGAGUAAAUCAUGGGAUGAUUGUACUUUUUGGGUGAAUCGUCUCUUUAAUAGAGAGGCCAAAGGAAUGCACUGCUGCUUGUCACUGAUUUAAUGUGUAUUUAUGAAGUCCAGACGUCUUUAAAGUCAUAUAUUUAAAAACAAGUGAAACCAGCAUGAGGUAAACACACAGAUUAUUUAAAUAUUGGGAGAUUUUAUUCUUGUGAAGAGUUAAAAAUAUUGCAGAACUGUUACUGAAAUCAAUUAAGUUAUUAGACGCUUGAAUACUGUAUUUAUGUCACGUAUUUAUGUUGAAUGAGGGUGGAUGCUGAUUUAAAUUUGCACUAAAUGUUGGAGUUUGUCUGGUAUUUUGUGUGUCAUUUUAAGAUCUGAAUUGCGGUUUUAUUCCAGCACUUUCCCCACUUUGUCAUUGUAUUUAUUUUAUCUUUUAUACCUGAAUUUGGAGAUUGCACUUCAGGCUCUGUGGGACUUACAGUGGUUGUUUCUAUGAUCUCCUGCUUAAAUGCAAUAAAACAUAUUGUUUUACCAACUGUC